GACGAAAAGCUGCGCUACAAGGCCUACCGAGUCAAGACGAUGUCGACCGAGGCUCAGUGCACUGACAUCCUGUCUGGGGCAAAAGAGAAGCACAGGAUCAGGGGCGUGCAGUAUGGAGAAGCUAUGCACAUUUGUGAUCUCCUUGUCGAUACCGAUGUGGAGCUCGACACGCAGGCCUUCCCCAUGCCUAUGGAACUCCUCGACAACAUCUAUGACGACGACCAUGCAACGGGUCCCGUCAAGGCAUCCAAUGGUGCUACGGGCUGGAAGUGCUGGACAAGGAACUCCGGCACUUUCUUCCUUGCGCAGAAGACGCUACCUUGCUCCGGCCAGCAGGUAGAUGUCCUGGAAUGUCCCGUCAAGAGCUGCGAGAGCUGUGCGGACGUCGACUGCGUGUUCGGGGAAUGGUCGAUGUGGGGUGCUGCCAGCUGCACACAGCUUUGUGAGCGCCAUCGUGUGAUCUCCACGAUGAACAAGUGCGGUGGCUUGGCCUGCAAUGGGCCCCUGGUGAUGACAAAGCACUGUCGCAAGGAUUGUCAACAUCCAGAGGAUUGCGCCUUCGCAGGAUGGACUGAGUGGGACCUUACGGGAUGCACAGGUGAAGGUGGACAAAAGCACCGCGAGCGUGUGGUGGCACAAGUGGCGGUGAAUGAAGGCCGGCCUUGCUCCGGACCAACAGAAGAGACCACAGCCUGUGGAGGUCCGACAUCAGACGUUGACUGCGAGAUGGGAAUGUGGAUG